AUGCCUUAUAAUUUGAAAUUUCAGCCAUCGAAAAACUCAAUCUACAAGGGCUCAGAAAACCAAGGUAUGUGGAGGUCCACAUUAAAUCGCUACGUUACUCGAUAUCCAUCAACUGCUAGUUGUUCUGCCAUCAGGUACUAUGCAAAGAAAGUUAAAAGGAUUCCCAAACUGAGACCAGUCCCCUUCGUUAUACCGAAUUAUGUAUCGGUGAGCAAACUGGCAAAUCUAUUAAACUGUCGCAUGGAUAACUUGAUCCGUGAUUUAACAAAACUAGGAUUUGCAAACAUUUCCCAAGGCUACAUUCUUUCAAAAGAAUAUGUUGAGUUGAUCCUACAAGAGUAUAAUUACCAAUUGCCAGAAAAAUCGAACGAAAUUACACCGGAUAAUGUUUACGAGGAAUUAAAAUCACCAGUCAAUCCAAAGUCAUUGCAGAAAAGGGCCCCAGUGGUUACUAUCAUGGGGCAUGUUGAUCAUGGAAAGACCACUAUUAUUGACUAUUUAAGAAAAUCGUCGGUCGUAGCUCAGGAACAUGGUGGUAUUACUCAACAUAUUGGCUCUUUUCAAGUCAUCACACCAGUAUCAAAGAGAAAAAUCACCUUCCUCGAUACUCCAGGCCAUCCAGUUUUCCUGAAGAUGAGAGAAAGAGGUGCUAAUAUCACAGAUAUCAUCGUUCUUGUGGUGUCAAUUGAGGAUUCUAUAAUGCCUCAAACAAUUGAAGCUAUUAAACAUGCUAAAAAUUCAGGAAACGAGCUGAUAGUGGCGAUCACUAAGAUUGACAGAAUAUCUCAAGCUAAAGAGCGCGAGAGAGCGAUGGAGAAGGUCACUAAUGACCUGAUAACUCAGGAUAUUGCUGUUGAGAAGAUCGGCGGAGAUGUCCAAGUCAUACCAAUAAGCGCAAAAACCGGUGAAAAUAUGGAUCUACUUGAGGAAUCGAUCGUUAUUCUCAGCGAUGUGAUGGACAUCAAGGCGGAAAACUCUCCGAAAACUGUGGCAGAAGGCUGGAUCCUAGAGAGUCAAGUCAAGAAGACUGUUGGUAACGUUGCCACAGUUUUGGUUAAAAAGGGUACAGUGCAGAAGGGGAAGAUCCUGGUUUGUGGUAACACUUAUUGUAAAGUAAGGAGUAUUCAUAAUGAAGGUGGGCAACAAGUACCUAAGGCAUUGCCAUCAGAUGCCGUAGAAGUUUUAGGGUGGAAAGAAUUACCGUCGGCUGGAGAUCAAGUGAUCGAGGCCAAGAACGAAGCUACUGCCAAGAAAUUUAUUUCUAAAAGGCUGGCGUUGCAGGAGGUUGAGAAGGAGGGGUUGACCGUCGAAAAGUUAAACGAACAGAGGGCAUUAGAGGCAGCAAAGAAGGAGAAGGAAGCGGAGGAAGAUGAGGUAGAUGAAGAAGAUAAUGCGGUUCCUGUGGGACCAAAGAAAGUUAACUUUAUCAUCAAAGCUGAUGUUUCAGGUUCGGCUGAAGCCAUUAAUGAGAGUAUUGCCGACUUGGGUAAUGACGAAGUGACUUGCAAUAUCAUAUCCUCUUCGGUGGGUAUUCCAAAUGAGAACGACUUGAAGAUCGCGCAAAUAACAAACGGUAUUAUUUUGUGUUUCAAUUUAGGAAGUCUGCCAAACGAUGUUAUCAACAACAAAUUAGGUGUCGAGGUCAAGCAAUACAACGUUGUUUAUAAGCUCAUCGAGGACGUGACUGAAAUUUUAACUGAUAAUUUGACUCCAAUAUUUGAAAUUAAACAAAUAGCCACAGUUGACAUACGAGAGAUUUUCGAAUUUCAAUUGAAGAAAAAAAUAAUCAAGAUCGCGGGUUGUAGAGUGGUCAAUGGUCAAAUAAAUCGAAACUCGAUGGUACAAAUUCAACGUGGUCCUUCCAAAGAAAUUAUUUAUGACGGAAAAUUGGCAACACUGAAGCAAGGUAAAGAAGAUGCAACCGAGGUCACGAAGGGUAAUGAAUGUGGCGUAACAUUCGACAAAAAUUUUGAAAACUAUCAAGCCGGUGAUAAAAUUAUCGUUUAUGAGAAUGUCAAGGUUCCAAGAUUCUUGUAA